GUGGAGUUUCCAUGAGUUCAUUAGAGGAAUGGGUCAGGGGGAAACCAGAUACAACAGAAUCAAGGGGAAGCAAAGUUGCUCGCAGUUGUUCUGGACAAUCUAUUCUUUUUCCAGUGUUAAAAAUUCAUCUACCUCGAUUUUGUUCUCGAAGCUCUGUCUCCGGUUCUAUUUACUUACUAGUUGUUUUUAAUAGGAAUAUUAAUACCUGAUAUAAACAAGUGGCACUGUUUUUCUUCCUUUGACUUGUUUUGCACUACUGCUUUCUGAAGAUGCACACCACUCAGAAGGACACUACUUACACCAAGAUUUUUGUUGGAGGUUUACCUUAUCAUACAACGGACUCGAGUCUCAGGAAAUAUUUCGAAGUGUUUGGUGAAAUAGAGGAAGCCGUAGUCAUUACUGACCGGCAAACAGGCAAAUCCAGGGGAUAUGGAUUCGUCACCAUGGCUGACAGAGCUGCUGCUGAAAGGGCCUGUAAAGAUCCCAAUCCUAUCAUAGAUGGCAGGAAAGCAAAUGUCAACUUGGCGUAUCUAGGAGCUAAACCAAGGGUAAUGCAACCAGGUUUUACCUUUGGUGUUCAGCAAUUCCCACCUGCAUUCAUCCAGAGGCCUUAUGGGAUCCCUGCCCAUUAUGUCUAUCCUCAGGCCUUUGUACAGCCCAGCGUUGUUAUUCCACACGUACAGCCAGCUGCAGCUACAGCAGCUGCCACCUCUCCAUACAUCGACUACACUGGUGCUGCCUAUGCACAGUAUUCAGCCGCUGCCACUGCCGCCGCCGCCGCCGCCUAUGAGCAGUACCCCUAUGCAGCUUCCCCUGCAGCAGCCGGCUACGUGACCACUGCUGGCUAUGGCUACGCAGUCCAGCAGCCCCUUGCAGCUGCAGCUCCUGGAUCAGCGGCUGCCGCAGCCGCGGCCUUUGGGCAGUACCAACCACAGCAACUGCAGACUGACCGUAUGCAAUAGCACCUGGACAUCUGCAGUAACAACCGCAAUGGCCUUGAGAGCUGGGUGGGGGGUAUUUCUUGGCUUUCCAACUUGCAGUGAUUCUGAAAGCAAAACUUUAUAAAAAAAAAACCUGAAUAUUAUCUUUUUUGUUUUAUCAUACUUGAUAUUUAUUAAAAGACAAAAACAGCAAAAAACUGUAGUGUUAAAGUUGAUCUUAAAUCCUGCUGUCUAUAAAAAGAACACAUGGAUGUUUUCUUUCUGCAAAAGAUUGGGUCAUUUUUAGAGAUGUCCCUAAUUGAUAUAAUAGAUAAGUUAUUUAUUAUUGGUAAAGUGUUUGAGGGCUCGGUUGUAUGGUCUUCACAAGUGCAUUGAUUUUUCUGGUUAUCAGGGAAAUGCAGUAUUUUUCAGCUAAUUUAACAAAUUUGCAGAUCAGGGAAUAAUAGAAAUAAGCCUGUAAAAUAAUAAUAAGAUGUAUCUAAUUCUAUGCGAGUUAUUUUUGCUCUUCCAAAUGCUGAAUGUCCUUUCUGACUUUCAUUUUGACCUAUGCAAUUUUUUUUUGUUUCAGGAAACUAAAAGUUUGAUAUCUCUUUUUAAAGGGCACCGAACAAUUAAAGGCAAUCUGUCAGUUUCCAAAAUAAUAACGACGAUGAAAAAACAGCUAAAAAUUAUUGAUGGACAGGCACCAAAGUUCCUUUCUCUCUUGUGUUCUGCCUGAGUGGAACUCUGGAGUGAGCAGUGCGGAAUAAAAGGGUGCAGCAGCUGUCUGGACAAUCAAUAACACAGACAGCUCUGGAAAGAACACAUCACUUGUGUAUGUUUGAUGAGCUGUCACAUUUUAAUCCCUCUCCCCGUCCGUUUGGGAAACUUUAACUACUGGUGUCAGCUAUUCCAAUUCUGCAACAGGAUCAGCCCUUGACUACAACAGACUUCUCUUUUUAUGUAUUGCACCUGUCCAUGCCUUUUCGAAUGAAAUGCAGGAGAAAAAAAAUGUGAAACUUAACCCUUUAAAACAUGCUAUUUCAGCUGACUUGUGUAUGUUAACUUACCAUACAACUCUUAUCCUAAUAGGUUAAAAUAAAUUUCUGUUCACUGCAAAAAGAUGUAUUAUGCAAACCUUUAUUUUGUUUAAAAGCAGCACUGACGUUUUAAAGGGUUAAAUAUUAGAAUGUGGUUCUUACUGUGCCUUAUAUUAUUUGUAAUACUAUUUAAAAGAAAAUAUAUUUAUUUUGAGCAUUUUGACUAUGUUGCGCACUAAGGAAGGAAACUUAGUUGCAGUACUGUAUAAAUUAAUCUUAUGUUUUCAUCUCAUGGCUUAUAAAUUAUUUAGUAGGAGUUAUCUGUAGCAUAAUAAGUAUUCAAUGAGAAAAAUGUUGACUAGGUAUAUACUAUUACGUAUGCACUGUUUAGUGAUAUUUUUGCCUUUGAAUUUUAGAAAUUGACAAUAAAUAUUUGCUAGUUUAGCAGCUUUUCUGUGAAACAUUUUAAAUGCUGACCUCUUGAUGUAUCAAUGCUCCUUGUAUUUAAAAAAUGAAAAAAAACACAAAUGCUGCUUUAUGUAUUAGAAGGUGUUGUCUUCUGAAGUCUAAGUACUUGUGCUUUUAUUGUUAAUCGUUUUCAAAUGGACUGUUUUACACUGUUGGGAAUUUUGAUACUUGAACAAUUUCUUACAAGGGAAAAAAUAUUUUUAAAGAUCCUUUUUACAUCAUGGAUAAUAGAAAGCAUUUGCAUACAGCCAGUGUUAUACAAUUUAAAAGCAAUGGUCCUGUUGGUAUUCAGUUUAUAAUUUCAGAAUUUCAAUACUUAUUUAACCUGAAUUAAAAUAAAAAUGAUAUGUAAGUCCUAA